AUGGGCUCUGCGACGGUGGAAGAGUUUGUGGAGCUGCUCAACGCCGAGCAGCAUGUGGAUCUGCAAAAGCUGCGCGACCUUGCGCGGCAUGGGGUGCAGCCUGCAGUGCGCGGCGAGGUGUGGCUGUACCUGCUGGGCGUGCUGAGCGACGACAAGGGACAGGAGAUGACAUCGGUGCGCAGCAAGUAUCUCGAGUACGAGGCGCUGGACAAGCACAACCCGGCGCUCGAGAAGCGCGUGCGCAGCGAAUGCCAACGAUACUACCAGAAGCGGCUGGGCACAAGGCCGCCGCCUGGCAGAACGCUCAUGCGCAGCUCGCGCAGCGUGGCGGCGAGAAGACCCGGCGGAUACUCGGGCGGCAUAGGAAGUGCUGGCGCAGGCACAAGCGACGGACCAGGAGCAGGGUCGGCACUGGGCGGAGCAGUCGCGGCGAUGGGAAGCCCGCACUCGGUGAUGCCAGCGGUCGGAACGGCAGGCGUGGCCACAGCAACGUUGCUCGGUGCGGAUCGUGGGCCGAAUCGGGUAAACGAUGGGAGGAUCCAUGCGCUGGGUGGCAUCAUUGGCGAAAGCGGCGUGUCGGCGGCGAUGGACGCGGACGAUCCGGAUGCAGCAGCUGCGCUCGAGCUCAAACGUUUCGGACGAAGCGUGGAGAGCAUUGUGUGCGCGUUUAUGAACCGAUGUGCGGCCGCCGAGGCAGCGCGCCGACGUGCAGCGGAUGCCAUCAACGCCGCAGCGCCAGCGAUCUACGAACCGGAGACGAGCACAAGUCAAACAGCAACACACGCCAGCGAGGCGUCCAACGACGAGCGCCGGCAGGUCGAGUACUCACCAUGGGGCGACGAUACGUCGCGGUCCACCGAGGCGGGCGAGGGUGGCAACGGCGCAGCAACGACUCGAUCGAACGGCAGUCGGACACGGCACACACAAUCGGGCGUCAGCAGCUCACGAUCGCGGUCGCGCGCAGGCUCGAUGAGCGGCGGCAGCAACGCAGCCGGUGGGAGUGGGCGUGACAAGGCGAGUGUGGAGGAAAGUGUUCGCUCGCGCAUGCCACGCGAGUACGAGUGGGAGCCGCAGAUCACCACGGCUGCGGGCGGGCGCGCAGGCACCGCCUCCGAGUUCCACCCUGCGCUGGUGUACCUGUGUGCGCCGUUUGUGCAGUGCGUGCGCGUCGAGGCGGGCAUGUACUUUGCGUUCGAGAAGCUGAUGACGCUGAUGGCGCGGCACAGCGCGCGGCAUCCGCUACCACGGCAGGUGGCAACGUUUCUGACGCUGUUCCGGACGACGCUACCGGAGCUGCACUCGUACUUUGAGGAGGAGGAGGUGGACAUUAUCGGAUUCGCGACCAACUGGCUGCAGCAUCUGCUGGCGGGCGAGCUGCGCAUCGAAGACCUCAUGCGGCUGUGGGACACGUACUUUGCGCUACCGGAUUUUAUGGAUCUGCAUCUGUACGUGUGCAUUGCCAUCCUCACCAACUGCAAGGACUCGCUCGAGGAACUCGACCGGUCGGAGACGAGGAGCAUGCUCGACAGCCUGCCGCCGCUCGAUGUGGAUCGGAUUAUCAACGAGGCGAUCAACAUUCGAUUGAGCCACCAACGCUCGCAGCGCACCGACGAGCUCUGA